AUGGCCUACUUCCUACCUUCCUUCUUCCAGAAACGGCUGCUCAGAUAUGCCUUGUCCCGCUUGGAGCUCGUUGAUACCGAAGCUCUCGACCUGGACAGUCUGGGUAUCCGAUGGGGACAACGGAGCAGCGUCGAGUUACGGGACAUAGGUCUGAAGCUUGAGAAACUCGCUACUAUCCUUCAGCUACCUCCCUCAAGCGAACUGCUCAGUGCCAAAGUCCGUUUCCUGAAGAUCACCGUCCCCGCCGAUAUUUAUAGUAGCGGCAUCAUCUGCGAGGCUAGCGGCAUCGAUGUACAUCUUCGAUUACCGCCGGAAGAGUCAUCCCGUGCUACCAAAGAGGGAGAACAACCUCACCGGAAGUCACUCGAAGCCGUUCAACACGAUCCGAGUGGCGAUCACAUCCUUCCCACCCCGGCCGAUCUCGCGCAAUCCUUCCUCGAAGCCGAACCGAAAGAGGAGAAGGACGAACUACAAGCUGCCAUCACAUCACGAUCUCAGGUACUGCAUUGCACGGCAACGUCUCUCAAUGAUGAUGAGGAAGAACUCGGUCUUGGUGAUGAGGGCGUAUCGCUGCCCAGCUUUGUUGCUGCUUUCCUGAAGGGCGUUGGGGAGCGGUUGCAGGUCAAGGUCGAUAAUGUUUCAAUACGGGUUGAUAUGGAAACGAAGCAGGAUGGGCCGGUCAAGAGAGAACCUGAAGAUAAGCCGGAUGUCGUGACGGGACUUCUGACUGUUCGAGAGAUCACGGUUGGCGCAGUGAGCAGCGCAGCGUCGGGUAAACCUGACGAGAUCCUACCUUGUAGGCGAAAUAGACCGAUCUCCAUCUUCGAUAUUGACGUGGCUCUGAUAUCGGAGCCUAUCGUUUUCUCAAAUUACUCCCGAUUUGCUCCGCCCUCAUCGCCCACAACUCCUAUGCAGCCGCGGGCGAGCGAGCCGGCCAGCAGGGUGCCAUCACCAUCACCUUUAGAUACUCCCGACACUGAAUCCGUUCUGGCCAUGACCAGAUCAACAAUAUUCGAGCCGCCGGAGAAACACCCGGUUGACGAAACAGAGGAGCCUGCCGUUGGUGGAAUGGAAGAGUCCGCGUACACCUCCGACGGACGAUUCUCUGAUGCCGAUACCGAUGAAGAGAAUCGAAGCGGCAGUUAUCUUGAGGACUCCCAACCGUUUCUAGGCGAUGAUAAACUCUUCGACAAUCCAGCAUAUCUUGACUCGGUUCUUGACGCCCAAUUCCAAGAUGGUGAUGUAGAACCCCCAGAGGAUCUGCUAUCUUUCCACGAACAACCCGCUUCGAGCAGUGGAACGCCACGCUCUCAGACCCCUGAAUUGCACACUAGCUCGAGGUUUGAAGGGUCAGGCAGUGAAACAGAUCGUGCUGCAAGAUUAUCACAACAUGGACAAGGAUCGUUCAACAACGGAUCAUUUCGUGACACUCAUCACUCUCGCGAUGCGACUCCUAGCGUUUCGCAGCUUGUUUCCCAUGAUAGAUCUGCCGAAGCUUCUCAUUUGAGAGCAGAGUCAGAGAGACAAUCGUCAUCCCACGUUUUUGGGCCGCCCUCCGAUGCUGGUAGUCUUAGCUCAUCUGAUUCUGCCAACUGUGGCGAACUCGCCGAGUCAAAACUGUUCUCGCGCGAGGAGGCGCAGAGUAUGUACAUGAGUGCCAUCAGCCAGGGUUCGGAUAGAAGCUUCAUGCCCAAUAUCCCGGGAGCAUGGGAUUCGCCGGAAUCGACAUUCGUACGAAGGGUCAAUACCCACACCCGGCUCGCAGACGCGGCCAGCCCAAGCCGGGUGCAGGAAGAUGAGACAUCUGUAUCAACGCCGAAACUGACUGCUCGAGAGCAAUCAGAUGCAUCUACGCCGCAGCCGUUCAACGAGCAAGAUAAGUCAUUUUCUCAGCCAAUUGAGUCCGCAGCUCCUCAAUCUUCGCCCACUCUUGGCAGGUUUUCAGAUGUUGCCAAGCGAUUCUUGAACAUUGAUCGAGUAUCUAUAUUGAUUCCUGUUGAUUUCGACGAGAAUUCUACAGAGAGCCCAUCUUCAAGUGACAACAAGGGAUCAGGAACCCCCGCAGGCGUCCCAUCACCUGAGAGCGAUAUGUUGUCAUCCACAAUGUAUGCGUCCGCGCGACUUCGGAGCGAUUCCCUUAUCUCUCCCACUUCAUUUGAAGGACCUCAGCUCAGGUCGCCACCUCGGCAAACAAACAAAGCGGAUCAAAACUUUGUCUCUGGGCACCGGGCAGAUGAAAUCGUUGUCGAGGUGUCUUCCAUAGACAUACAAUUUGACAAUGCUAUUGGGUGGCUUGUUGCCAAGGUUGGUCCACGCCUUCUUCGUGCCUUUAGCGGCGAUGGCAAGGACAUCCCCGUCGCGAGCAAUGCACCAGAACCCGUGCAGGCCCGGCACAGCCUUCGUCUUGCCCUCAAUAGCUUCUGCAUCAAAUACCUUGAUCACAUCCCCGGUCAAACAUUUGCCCCUGGAGACGCUGCUUCUCACUUACCGUCUUCUUUCUCGUUGUCCCAUGAGGAUAUAAUCCUACGUCUUGCAGCGUCCGGCUUGAACGCGCGCUUUUUGGCUGAGAAGAACACUACGAAGUUUGGGGUAGAGAUUUCCAAAUUCGCUUUUGGGCUUGCUUCGGAUGAUCUGAUCUCAUUCAACGAAAGUUUGAAGAUGCGAGAAUCGACGAGAGAUUUGUUGUCGCCUCUGCAUGGCGAUAUCUCUUUAUCUCUGACCAAAUCUCCAGACUCCGCAAGCCUGAAUAUCUCGACACUACCCCUUCAGCUUGACCUCAAUGUCCAACGCUUGGAGGAAGUUCUAGGUCGGGUGGGCGGCCUCAGUACUAUCUUGGAGGUCGGGAAUUCCAUUUCAUCAGUCUCAAGCGGGAAAAGCGUGAAGAAGGAACCCCCAAGACGAGCCCGUGGCGUGCAUUUUGAGAAUUCACCGCCACCUGGAGAUGCAGUUCAGAACGAAUCUCAGCCCUGGAAAGUAAACGCCCGACUCGGUGGAAUUGUACUGGACGUUGCAGGAGAUACGCACUACAUCAGGCUUAAGACGACUGCCGUCAAGGUUGUCAGCCGAUUCGAGGGCAUUGGUGUGCAGAUUGACAAAGCAAAGCUAAGCGGGCCGAUACCCCUUGAUGAGUCCAAAGAUGCGCCAGCCAAAGUCAACUUGACCAACAUUCGCGUUGAAUUUCUUCACACACCGAAGGAGCCUGAUCUAGAUCGGUUACUCGCAAUCAUCACACCGUCAAAAGACAAAUAUGAUGAAGAUGAUGACAUUAUGCUAGACACGCUCUUCCGGCAACGAAGACAGGGCUCUGUGCUUCGUACAACAGUUGCCGGCGCAUAUAUUAAUAUUUCCCGCACCCGUGACCUCGAUUCGCUCUCACAGCUAGGUGAGGAAUUGGGCAGGUUAUCAAGUGUCACCAAGUAUCUUCCCGAAGACGAUCGUCCAGGCAUCCUGACCCUCACACUGAUUCGCGAACUGGAGGCUCAAGUUGACAUUGGUGGGACUAUUGGAACUCUCGCGGCGCAUGUUAGAAACGCUGAGGCUGCUUAUAUUAGUAUGCCUUCGCUCAUUGCUGCUCAGCUCGGGGCAAUCACUCUUGUAAGAAAUGGAAGUGAAGAGCUCGUGGGCGAAGCCUUGCCGUUGGGCAUCGGCCAAGGCCAAAGCCAGGGUCAUCUACCAGUAUUGAUGGCUCGAUAUAUCGCUGAUGAGAUGGACCCAACCAUCAAGAUCAAAUCCCAUAAUUUGCGUGUGGAGUACACAGUACCAGCGAUAGUAGCGCUUCUGGGGCUGAGCGAAGAAAUGACCCCCGGAGACGUUGCCGCCAACAUGGCCAAUUCUUUGGCCAGCAUUGCGCAAUCGCAGCAUUUGCAACGGGUUCCUUCCAACUCGUCAGCGGGAUCAGAGACCCGACAGGCUCCUUCGAAGUCAAGCAGACUCGCAAUCGCGCUUCGAGACUGCGUUAUCGGACUCAAUCCUCGUGGUGCAGCCGCCAAGGGUCUGAUCGUGCUCACCAAUGCAAAGUUCUCAGCUGCAAUUUCAGAUCAGGGGUCCUCAGAAGCGAUGCUGGAUCUGAAGAAAGCGUCCAUCAUGAUAAUCGACGAUGUCAAGAACGUGGGGCUUACAGAGAAUCUUCGUCGCGGGAGAUCAACAAUCCCGCAAAGCAAUCAAGUGCAGUCGUUCAUCGACCUGGGCUUCGUCCCUGUUUCUUCCAUAUCGUCAGCAAUGGCGACAGUGAAACUCACGGCCCCGGAUGAGGAUGGGACCAAGGCUAUAGACGUUGAACUUAAAGAUGAUUUAUUGAUCCUCGAGACCUGUGCCGAUUCAACACAGACUCUAGUCACUAUACUCAACGGAUUGCAGCCUCCAACACCGCCGAGUGUGGCUGUGAAAUAUAGAACUGAGGUCCUACCUCUUGAGGAUAUGCUCGCCUCCUUUUCCGGGGAUGCGUUCACAAUGGAUUCGCCUCAUGAUCAGGCAGGAGUUUCCGAAGUCUCUGUCAGUGCUGCACCCGAUGAUGCCGAGCCACGCAUCGAAGAUGAGCUCGAGUAUGUGAGCGAUUUCUAUCCUGUCAAGCCCGGUACAGGACGCCAAGGGUCGAAUGGGGAAUCUAUGUCCUCAGAGUCAAAAGAUCUCCUGGACAGCUUCCACUCACAGUACUAUGUGUCGUCCAGUGUUUCUGAUCUGGACUUCCGUGAAGACCAUUUUGCCCAGCCGUCAGCUGUAGGAGGCACGGCACAUCGAUGGGAUUCCACGCAGAACACAUACGGCCUAUCCGAUGACUCGAAGAUUCAGAAGAGUCCGUUGAGAAUUCGCGUUCGUGAUGCCCAUGUUAUCUGGAAUUUGUUCGAUGGCUACGACUGGCAAAGGACAAGAGACACCAUCUCCAAGGCUGUGAAAGAUGUGGAAAAGAAAGCCACCGAGCGGCGUGCCAGAGCGGGUAGUCGGGCCCCAGAUUUCGAUGAGGAAGAAGAGUCUGUGAUUGGCGACUGCCUCUUCAACUCAAUAUAUAUCGGGAUUCCCGCCAACAAGGACCCUCGGGACCUCCGUAAUGAUAUCAAUCGCAAUAUUGAUGAUCUUGUCAGUGAGACAGGCAGCUAUGCAACGACGACUACAGUCACUGGAGCCACAAUCCGGCAAGGCCAAUCGCCUUCUAUCAGAGGGAAGAAAUUGCGGUUGUCUCGGAGCAAGUAUCACAAGAUGACAUUUGAGCUCAAGGGCAUCUGCGCGGACCUCGUCGUCUUUCCUCCGGGCUCAGAUGAGACGCAGAGCUCGCUCGAUGUCCGUGUGAGGGACCUAGAGAUCUUUGACCACGUCCCUACGUCGACGUGGAAGAAGUUUGCGACGUAUAUGCAGGAGGCUGGGGAGAGGGAAAGCGGGGCUAGCAUGGUCCAUUUGGAAAUCUUGACUGUGAGGCCUGUGCCAGAGCUAGCGGCCUCCGAGAUUGUACUCAAGGCAACCCUUCUUCCUCUGAGACUACAUGUCGAUCAGGAUGCACUCGACUUCCUCUGCCGUUUCUUCGAGUUUAGGGAUGACUCUGCGCCUGCACCGAGUUCCCCGGCUGAGGUUCCAUUCUUGCAGCGAGCCGAGAUCAAUGCCGUCCCUGUCAAACUUGACUUCAAACCCAAACGUGUGGAUUAUGCCGGGCUCAGGUCUGGUCGAACCACCGAGUUCAUGAACUUCUUUGUCCUAGACGGUGCAGACAUGGUCAUGCGGCAUGUUAUCAUCUAUGGGGUUUCUGGGUUUGACAAACUGGGUCAGACUCUCAACGACAUCUGGAUGCCGGAUAUCAAGAGGAACCAACUCCCGGGUGUGCUGGCUGGACUGGCUCCCAUCCGGUCCCUGGUCAAUGUGGGCGGCGGCGUGAAAGACCUCGUCGUGAUUCCUAUGCGCGAAUACCGCAUGGACGGCCGGAUUGUGCGCAGUAUCCAGAAAGGCGCACUUGCGUUCGCGAAGACGACAUCCAACGAGCUCGUGAAGCUCGGUGCCAAGCUCGCCAUUGGCACCCAGACGGUUCUGCAAGGAGCCGAGGAGCUGCUGACGACACCGAAUGCGCCAAUACCGGGCUCUGAAGAAGAUAUGGCGGACGAAGAGGAAGCAAAGAAGAUCUCACUCUACGCCGAUCAACCGGUAGGAGUGGUCCAGGGUUUGCGUGGUGCGUUCCGAGGCCUGGAGCGAGAUCUGCUUCUCGCGCGAGACGCCAUCGUGGCCGUUCCCGGCGAGAUUGUGGAGAGUGGCAGCGCCAAAGCGGCGGCCAAGGCUGUCUGGAGACGCGCCCCGACUGUCAUUCUGCGGCCUGCGAUAGGCGUAUCCAAGGCCGUUGGGCAGACGCUGCUGGGUGCUGGAAACACCCUAGAUCCGAGCAAUCGUCGGAAGAUGGAAGAUAAAUAUAAACGCCAUUAA